AUUUCUUCAAGUAUUUCUAAUAUUACUUGCUAGUAAAUGUUGAUAUAAAUACCAGACAAGGGUAGAUAGAAUUGAUAAAAUAGUUUACUUCGUAUUAACUUUAUCGAUUCAUUUUAAUCAAGAUAAUGCGACUAUUAUUCCCAACAAUUUCUUGAUGCAAUGUAUCGCAUGCAUUAUCACCGAAGACUUAACAGAAGUUUUCUAAAACUCUUCCAUUAGUGGAUUAUAUUUCCUUUUCGUUUCUUGACGCUUCAUCUAGAUUUGCAUAAAAAUGAUUAAAUGUCACUAUUCAAACUUUAUUACUCCUUCUUCACCAGUAAAAGGUACAGCCUCCAAGAAGAAGGUACUUUAUAUACUACUUCAAGAAACGUUCUCCAAAUGUUCAACCAAGAACCAAAACUCGGUGAAAAGAAGAUCAAAGAUAAAAACGAAACAUGGACAUUUUUCAACGUAACAAACUACAGAACGUUAAUGCGUUAUUGUAUUUUCGUAAAUAUGUGCAUUGGAUUCUUGUGUUUUAAAAUUGUCUCAUCGAGAUACAUAUCAAAAUACCGUUUCUCAUUUUCCGCGAUCUUGGUGAUCAUUUUCAGUAUUUGUAUGGUAUUAGCCAUAUACAAUGUUAAUUACGUUAUUGAAAUCGACGAGUCCCUGAUUUUACACUGCAAUUUCAUUUUGUUCUUGAGUCCCAUGAUCGUUAUUCGUGGCUACAUUUCAAAUCACUCUACGGUACGAAUGAUUGAGAAAGUGGAAAAUGUUGCUACUCUGCUGCCACCGAAAACCAUUCGCAAAUUAGCCAAACUAGUGUACGCGAAGGACGUGUUGAUUUUCAUCCCAUUUAUUCUGUAUUUCGCGCGCAGUGUGAUCAGAUUACGAUAUAUAAUUGGCUGCACCUGUUGUUACGUGUUAUUGUCGAUGGUAGCGGCAAACUCUUUGUACGUGAACAACGUGUACGUGUUGAAAGCUUGUUUCGAAAAAAUAAAUGAUUCCUUGGUAAAACUGAACGAAAUGGUGAUCAACGAAGAGCCGCAUCUUUUCAGCAGAGUAUAUCAACCGCAGGAAAAUCCUGAGUUACUCAAACAACUGAGAAAUCUUAGAAAACAACAUUUAAAAAUCACUGCUGCUGUCCGGUCGAUUAACGAGACGUAUAAUGUUCAAAAUAUCGGAUCGCUUAUAAUGACCUUCAUUGACAUCACGUUUAAUGUGUAUCAUUAUGUGGUACUUUUUACUCAAGAGGAUAUCGUUACCGUAUGGUUUUCCGAUAUUAAUUUGUAUAUUAUAUAUUAUACUUUCAAUUUGAUUUUGAUUGCUUGGACCACCGAGACGACUAAGAGUCAAGCCCAGCAGAUUGGUUCUAAUGUUCACCGAAUCGUCGUGAAUACUUUUGACAAACAGACGACGAUCGAGUUGGAAUUAUUCUCUUUGCAAGUACUGCAGUGUGACAGCACCUUCUCGGCGAUGGGUCUCCCGAUGGACGCAACCAUUUUGACAAAGAUAGUAUGCUCUAUUUCCACCUAUGUAGUACUAUUGGUACAAUCUCUGCUUGUAACUCCCUGUUGA